AUGGCCUCUACACCAGACGCCGUCAUGUGUGCCUCAAGCAGCAACCACCAGCAUCCAUCGCGACUGGGUCUGCUGGACCUCCCAAUAGAGGUCCGACAUCAAAUCUACGGGCACCUGUUCUGUCACAAACCCGUACCCAUCGUAUUGGGCUUUCGCUCCGACUUCUUCGCAAAGUGGGAAACGUGGUCACCGUGCGAGGACAGCGAUGCGCCGCCCCACGAGCCGACCUUCCACACAGCCCUCUUUCGAGUGAACAAACCCAUCUCCCGCGAUGCGAUCGAGUUUGCAUACAGUUCCAGCUCCUUCUGCUUCGACAAGGACCUCCAGACGUUUUGCAACCUCAGUCCGAUCGCGCUCGCCUCGAUCAAGACGCUGUGGAUCUUCCGCACCGCCUGGCUGAACAGUUCGGAUGCCACCUCGUUCUGGUGCACUUUGGACCAACGUUGUCCGAGCCUCGACCUUCUCGUCGUCGAGGUUGCAUCCCACAUCUUGUUGCCGGCCAUCCCCUACCUCAAGGACUUCAUGGCCUCCAUUCCUCCAGGCCAGGCCAAACCCAACUUGAUCCUCGAUCUCCACGUCUGGGACAGGCACUUCUCCUUCGACUUUCCAGACCGCGACUAUCAGAGAGCUUUGCAGGACUUGCAAAGUAACCUUGUGGAGAGUGACCGGAAGGAGUUCUUGAAUCCUUAUAUUUACGUGAUGCGCAUGCCGAGGCGUGCUAAAGAAAUACAUUUCGACUUGGAUCUCGGGCCUGGGGAAUUUAGAGCUCUGGUAGAGGUUCUGAGACAACCCACAGCUCUCUGCUUUGUCGAGGCCGACCAACCGUCCUCAAACAGUGGCGGUCACGUAACAGGUCGUGGAAAACACCUCUGUUUUACUUGGAAAGAAAGCGGUGAAUAA